AUGCUGUGCUACUGCAUGCCGCGGUGUUGUUGCCUUCGCGCACGCUCAGCGCUCGCUCGCGUCAACUCGUGCUGCUACUACCGUCGCCUCCUCCACCUCCAUCUCAACCUCAACCUCAACCUGCACCUCCAGCCCCACCUCCACCUCCGCAUCGCCGAGCACCAGGUGACCGACUACCGAUCGCCGAUCGCCGACCGUUCCAGCGUUGUUCCUGCCCGCACGCGUCUCAUUCCGUCCACCGUCUCUAGCCACUUCUGGCUGCACUGUCUGUUGCCGUUCGCUACUUUCACCAACAUUCGCCUGUUCAUUCGUUCUCCGACUACCUGA